AUGCGACUCUUGAUUGCCUCUCUCCCCCUUCGGCGGCAUAGGCCACACCUCACCAAGCUCACCCACUUCCCUCUCGCAUGCAUCAAAACCAACCCCAUCCAACCCAUCCACCAUACCGCCUCUUACUCCUCCUCCUCCUCACCCAUACCCUUCAGCCCCCAAACCUACCUCCACACCGCCCGCCAGAAAUUCGCCUCCCAACCCCCCACCCUCAUCCACGACACCCUCUCCCCCACACCCUCCCACCUCCUGACCCUCUCCCUAGCAGACCACGUCCCGGCGCUCUUCCCGCCAGGAACAAGCACAGCAACGAGCACAGGGCCCCGUGAACAAGAGCGGCCCGCCACCCUCCCGCAGGGCCACCACCUCGUUUACUUCCCGCUGCAGCUUCCGCCGUCGCAGCUGAUGCCCGACGGCACCGACCCGGCCCACAGGCCCGGCGCGCCCAUCGUGCUCCGCAUGUGGGCCGGUGGGGAGGUGGUGUUCUGUGAAGGCUGGGACCUCCAUCUGUGUCUGUAUGGUCGGGCUGCGCUGUGCGUGGAGGAGGUGGAUGGGCCCGUCUUGAAGGGGGUGGAGGGGGAUGAGAAGGUUUUUGUGGAGGUGAGGAGGGGGUAUGGGUUGGGUGGGGUGGGGAGGGAGGUGGUGGUGGAGGAGGUGAGGAGGUUGGUUUUUAUGAGGGAGAGGGUUGGGGGGGUGGUGGAGGGGGGGAGGGUUGUUAGAGCCUAUGCGACCCCCGAGUUUACCUUCUCUCUCCGCCCUGACGCAACGCUGCUCUUCCACUUUAGCGCGCUCACCUACAACGCCCACUCCAUCCAUAUCGACCCGGACUAUGCCCGUAACCAGGAGGGCUACAAGGGCCUGCUUGUUCACGGGCCCCUGACUCUGGUGCUCAUGCUCUCGGCGCUGCGGGCGUGUUUGGCGAAGCUGUCCGGGCAGCCCUCGACGGGUGCCCUGCCAGAGGGGCAGUCCAUGCCCUACGUCAAGUCGCUCAGCUACCGCAACCUCGCACCGCUGUAUGUGAACGAAGAUAUGAAAGUGUGCCUACGCAGAAUAAAUACGGAAGAAAUCGGCCAGCUCAGGUGGGACGUGUGGAUUGAGGGUCCCGAGGGCGGGAUUGCCGUCAAGGGGAGCGCCAUCACGACACCGGCUAGUGGCACCCCCGAAGCCUGGACAUUGAUCAAUUCGGACUGUGAAGAAGCCGGGGAAAGGAUGGGCGGAUGUGUUAGAUUACGGAAAACAGAGUCUUUUAAUGGCUGGCGUGGGCCGGAGAGUGAAUUCUGUAUUAGAGAUACCCAACUUUAG